AUUUUGCUGGCUCCUACUUAGUACUUGCUUGCAAUAUUAUAAUUUGCCUCCAAAAGUGGUAAAUGGAGUCCUUUUAGUAGUAUAUACGAGACUAAGGACAUGGCCCAGUCUAUUAGCAGUGAGAUUGGUCACGGAGGGCCUGACAGCUCUGUCGUGUCUGUACUUGUGGAAAUGGCGGAUUACUGCCUCAGCCAAAACCCACAACAGAUUGAAGAAGCCGUGCGAUGUCUGAUGGCAUCCAUUUCUCUCUCUCCUGCUCCUCGAGUUGAAGCUAGAGUCAAGUUGCAGCUGGGAAUGACGCUAUACCAUCACACGAAUAACCUCCUGGAGGCCAGAGAAUUAUUAGAGCAAGCCAUGCUAUUAUCAAACAGUGUAUCUGGUAUAGAACAAAUAAAGUAUGAAGCCGCUAGCAUCUUAGCAAGAAUACACGUGGAGCAGGGUUACGCUCACAAUGCAAAGAUGGUGAUACGAAGUGCAAUGGAGACGAGCUACAGACUGCCAUACUGGCACUGUAGGCUGAUGCUACAGAAAGCAGAUGUUCAUUUAUAUGAGAAGGAUUAUAAUAGUUUGAUAUCCACACUCACAGCUGCUAGUGAUUAUGCAGAACAAGCGAAUGCUCCUCACACUCGUAUACUCUGCCUACUGACCAAAGGAGCUUACUUGUUGAUUACUAAGAAUUUCAAUGAAGCUGUUUCAGUUCUUAACUUCACUCAUACUCUAGUUGAGAACUACCAUGGACCCAAGGCUGCUGUAUUGAAUACUCUUUAUCAAAUUAUACAGGUCACACAUCUAUUGGGAUUCGGACUGAUAAAAGCAGCAAAGCCUCACAUGAAGUCCCUACAGCAUUGCGUCAAGAAAUUAAAUAAUGAAACUCCCACAGAGUCAGAAGGUCUAUUAAAUGCUGAAUGCUUUGAUUGGCUAACAUUGGAGCAAACAAAAAUAUUGAUUUAUCUAGUGAGUAUGAUGCAUUCUGUGUUAGCUGGGAACACUGAGAAAGCACUCUCUUUUGCUAGGAAAGCAUUUGCCUACAUUAACUCAAGAAAAGGUAGUUCUGAUGGUAGUAAAGUCCUGCUAGUUUUUGAGGCUCAUUUAUUGGAACUCGUUGUGUCGUGUUUGUUAAUACAAGGAAACUGUACUCAGGCAGGAGAGAAGCUUCAAGAGGCCAUUAAUAUUUGUCAUAGUCACUCACAAAUGACUUAUUCUCACAGAGCAGUGCUGCAUACAUUACUGGGUGCUUAUGCUUUUGCUACCAAUAAUGACGAGAGAAGUGUCGCACAAUUUCAAACUGCCUUACAGCACACGAACUCGCUGGAACUUAAAGUUUUCAUAAAUGUCAACCUUGCAAUGACCUACUUGAGGAUUGGAGCCUCAAAAAUAAGAGAAAUGAUGGCUAUCAUGGAUUUCUUACAAUCUGAAGAUGUUAACUCUAUACAUAGUAAGAAUCUAAAAUGUGCCGUGUCAUUUGUGAAAGGACUUAACGCUUAUCAUCAAGUCCGACCACACGAAGCAAAGCGACAUCUACGUGAGACCAUUUCUCUAUCAAACAGCAAUGAACUCAGUAAGCUAUCAGCCUGUGCACUGUUGGUCCUAGGACAAAUAUUCUUAUCACUUGGGAAUCACAAGGAGGCCAGAGACAUGCUUGAUCCUGCUUGUAAACUCACUCAUAAAAUUUCUGACAAAAUGUUACAAUCAUGGGCAACUUCACUACUCAUUGGUCUACAUAAAACUGUGGGGGAUAAAGACUCAGAAAAAUCUUUAGAAGAAUCUCUGAGAGUAUUACAGUCAGAGUUAUACGAAGAUUACAUGAAGACCAAGGAUUGUUCACAUCACUUGCUGAUGCACUGGACUGUUGGGGAUUGGCCCAUAACUGAAGACAAGAAGGAGACAGACUCCCUUGGCAAAGAUUCCCCACUGGCCAAUGAUGAUAGUCACAGUGCUGCAGUACAAUACAUGGAAGUGUCCAAUCACCAAACUGAUCAUGUGAUGACAUCAAAGUCAAAAAGAACCGAUUCCACUCCUAACUUGAGUAAAGUAAUUGACCAAUCAGAAUUUCAGGAGUCUAAUAGCGCGUGGACCGGUCAUGUGACUGAUCAUGUGACCCAUGAGAGCUCUAGUCACGAGAGAUUCUCUCACCCGUUUCAACAACAAGUCUCGCCGGAGCAAGGUCACAUGACUUUACAGCACCGUCCCCCCAAAGAUCACAUGACACUUCAGUUAGAUCGCAUGACUUCAAAGCCACGGAAAGACGUCCUUCAAAAUGACCCCCACCCUCCAAAUACUAAUUAUACUGAUCACAUGACUCCAGCUCACAUGACUCACUCGCACACUAAGAAAAGGACUUCAUCGCCAUCACUAGGGGCUAGAGACAUACCACUUGAUCCUUUGAUUGAUUUCGUAAAGCACUCAAAAUCAGAGCAACCCUCUUUUAGUCAGAGCCCAGUCUCAAACUUGUUUUCUCCUCCUCCCACUCUCCCUACUCCUCCUUCUGGUUCUUAUCUCAAGCAUUAUUCAUCACACCUGCCAAGAGUCUCCUCUUCACCUGCACAGUUUACUAGUACUCUCACUCCUCCAUUAUCUGCUACUGAAGUUGUACAUACCUCCAGUAGUUAUAUAGGAAAGACCUCACAGUCUUAUGAGUCACCGCUUGGUCAUUCAUAUCAUCAUGGCCCAAGUACAUCUAUGUCUCCUUCAUUGCACCAAUAUGGCUCACAGCAGCAAGGCUCUUCUUCUAGACACCACAGUAUUCCUGCUUCCUCUCAUUUUACUAGUCCUCAGACUCAAUCACCAUCAAUCCAGCAUGUCACUACUCACCAUCAUCCACAGACUGGGACUGAUUAUCAUGCAGUUAAGGAUAAUCCUCCUCCUAGAACUUCUCAUUAUGCUCCAAAACAACAGCAGCAUGCUCCCAGUAAUCAGUCUGUCUCUCAGCCUUUGCAGCAUGCUAGUUCUCAGUAUAGUCCUUUGAAGCAUCAGUCUCAUUCAAGCUCUGCUUCUCAGCCUAUACUCCAGUCUAGUCCACCUUAUAUUAAGCAUCACACCAGCCCUCAGUUCACUGCAUCACCUCAGGCUAAGCAGUUACCUCCUCCUGCUGGUGGUGGUUCUCAGGCUCAUAUUGGGGUCCAGCAGCACCAGUCUUCUCCAUUGCUGCAUGGUAUGCCUCAGUUAAGGCACAUGGGGACUCUCCCUUCAGCAGAUUCAAUGUUGAAUCGUACCUAUCCUUCUCCUAGUCCUCAUGUCAUUGAUAGUCCUAAUGUUGCUCGUGGCACUCCGUCUCAGCCUGGCUCUGCCUUAGUCUCUCCUUAUCAGUUGAGCUCACUCUCUCUCCUUCAUCAACAACAGCAGCAGCAGCAGGGACAUGCUUCAGGUCUAAUCCCUCAGCAGUUUCCACAGGUUUAUAGCAGCAGUCCGCCCCAGAGGCAGCUACACCAUCAGCUACAGCAGCAGCAUCAACAGUUUUCACCCAAUGACCUGGUUCUCCAUCAGUAUGGCUACUCUACUCUAAGUCCUGAGGCUAUCCUCAGACAGAAGCUCCUCCAGCAGCAGCAGCAGACUGGACCAACUGGUAGUGUUAAUUUCUCUCCUCUUAGUCAUCCACAGACUCACCAUUCUCCUGUUGUAAUGGGUGGGGGUCCUUCCCCUAUGCAGUAUAAUCCUCGUCCUAUCAAUAUCUACCAGUACCAGCCUCCUUCCUCUGUCUCUCCUCCGACUCAAGCCCCUCCAGGCCAUUUGAACUACGUACAUCAUCACCAUCAUCAUCACAUGCAUAAGACUCAAAAUGCACCUCGUCAAUAAUCAAUAAAUAAAGAAUAUUAUUAUUAUUAUUAUGUAGUCAUUGUUGUUAUUUAUUAUUAUUAUGAUCGCCAGCUCUGUAAUUUUUAUGGCUCAUUAUUCUUAGUAUUAUUACUAUUAUUAUUUGUUACAUGCAUUUUAAUUCGUACUUAUGCUACUAGUUCUUAUAAAUUGCAUGCUCUGCAUUUUAUGAACAUAGGUUGAUCGUUCGUUUGAUUUGCAUUUCUUCUUCACUAUAAAAAUGUCACCUCUCCAUUUCUUCAUUAA